AUGCCUUCACGGGGAGUACCACGAACUAUGCACAACCAACCGAAAGUCAUGCAUAAGAGACAAGGCAGAACAUCGAAUCGCAAAAGGCCCUCACGAAGAGCCCUACCAACUAGAGACAGCCAACUUAGAGUCAUGCGGAAGAGACGAGGCGGGAUAUUACACCGCAGCAUCCUCAAAUAUGCGGACCUCUUCAAUCUGGACGUUAUCCUUAUGGCUCAGGAUAGGAGCAGUGGAGAAUACGAGGUGUUUGAGCCGAAUGAGAAUUGGCCCCCACAUAAAAGACAUCAGGACGUUAGUAAAGAUCUUGAGUCGGCACUGCAGCAGUUAGAGAAGCUGGUCAUACGGACAAGAGCGCCGAAGCCACCCCAGCCUCAAGUGUUACGGUCCUAG